GAGGUGAGAGGGAAGGGUUCCUAUUGGCGAGUCGGGCGUGUUUUAGGUCGCCUGCGUCCUUCCCAUCAGCCCCCGCGGGCGCAGCUGCGGAAAGAAGGCGCAGAACCCACGUGUUGGACAAGAUGCCCAAGUCCAAGCGGGACAAGAAGGUCUCCUUGACAAAAACUGCCAAAAAAGGAUUAGAAGUUAAACAGAGCUUAAUAGAAGAGCUGCGGAAAUGUGUGGAUACCUACAAGUAUCUCUUUAUUUUUUCCAUCGCCAACAUGAGAAACAACAAACUGAAGGAUAUUCGGAAUGCCUGGAAACACAGCAGGAUAUUCUUUGGGAAAAACAAAGUGAUGAUGGUGGCCUUAGGACGGAGCCCAGCUGACGAAUACAAAGAUAAUUUACACCAGGUCAGUAAGCAUCUGCGGGGAGAGGUUGGACUUCUCUUCACCAAUCGCACCAAAGAGGAAGUUGCAGAGUGGUUCUCUCAAUUUAAAGAGAACGACUUUGCCCGAGCUGGGAACAAAGCAACCUUCACCGUCAACCUGGAUAUGGGGCCCUUAGAACAGUUUCCCCACUCCAUGGAGCCGCAGCUGCGGCAGCUGGGGCUCCCGACGGCACUGAAAAAAGGAGUGGUGACCUUAAUCUCGGAUUACGAGGUCUGCAAAGAGGGGAGCAUCCUGACCCCUGAACAAGCACGUAUCCUGGUGAGCAACUGGUAAAGUGGGUCCCUCAACCGAGGGAUCUCUGAGGCCUGGGGGGGUGGGGUGGAGUCUUUGAUUGCUGCUGUGCAAGGCGUCUUCCUUACAGGUCGACGUGUCGAAGCUUGGAGUCAUGAAUCUCAUCCCUGUGGACUUUGUGCUUUACUGCGAGAGACAGCGCGGUGUAGUGGUUUGAGCAGUGUUUCCUCAAACGUCUGCAGUUGGGCUACAAUUCCCCAUCAUCCCUGACCACUGGUCUUGCUAGUUGGGGAUGAUGGGAGUUGUAGUCUAACAACAGCCGGGGACCCAGGUUUAAGAAACACUGGGUUAGAGCGUUGGACUAGGAACUGGGAGACCAGGGUUCGAAUCCCCACUUGGCCAUGAAGCAUAAGAGGUGACCUUGGGCCAAUCACCGUCUUCCCUCAGCCCUAACCCUACCUCACAGGGUUGUUGUGGAGAUUACAUGAGGGCA